UCCAACACCCCCCUCUCCUUCUUUCUUCUCUUCCAAUCCACGUCUCUCAAUUACAAUUCCUCAUUCUCCAAACAUAUUUAUAUAUAUUUAUUUAUAUGAUGCUAAUUAUGAGACUUAGGUAAAUUUCUUUCUUUUCUUUUGUGUAAAUUAAAGAUAAAUUCAGUUAGAAAUGGCCAAGAAAAGAGCAACAAAACUGCCCAUGUUGAUGUUCUUGUUCUUGUUCUUGGAUCUCCCCAUGUUGCUGCAUGGCGAGGAAUUAGAGCUUCUCUUAUCCUUCAAAGCUUCCAUCAACGACCCCUUAGGCUUUCUUUCCAGCUGGACCUCCUCUGCCGGCGCCACUUUUUGCAGUUGGCACGGCAUAGCCUGUAACAACUCUUCCCGCGUUAACUCCAUCGAUCUCGCCGGAAAAAACUUCUCCGGCGGAAUUUCUGACGCCGUUUUCGAAUUAAAGUAUGUCGAAAAUAUCGAUCUCUCCACCAAUCAGCUCUUGGGAGAAAUCCCUCGUGAUUUCCUUUCCUGCCCUUCGCUUCGAUAUCUCAAUCUUAGCAACAAUAAUUUAACUGGCCCGUUGCCAAGCAUUUCCAAACUUUCCCGCCUUGAAAAAUUAGAUCUCUCCAACAACAUGUUUUCGGGCGAAAUUCCAGACAAUAUCGGGUUGCUUCGGGGAUUAAAAUUUCUUGAUCUGGGUGGAAAUGUUUUGGUGGGAAAAAUUCCAAAUUCCAUAUCAAAUAUCACACGUUUGCAAGUCCUGACUUUGGCUUCAAACAAACUGGUCGGCGGAAUUCCACGUGGCGUAGGCCGUAUGAAGAGCUUGGAAUGGCUUUACCUUGGCUACAACAAUCUUUCCGGUGAAAUUCCGGGAGAGAUUGGAGAGUUGGUUUCUCUUAAUCAUCUUGAUCUUGUCUACAACAAUCUCACCGGAAAAAUUCCAUCAUCUGUCGGGAAUCUCAGCAAUCUUGAGCAUCUCUUUCUCUACCAGAACAAGCUCACGGGUGCUAUUCCAAGAUCACUUUUCGAGCUUAAAAGGCUGGUUUCGCUUGAUCUUAGCGAUAAUUCUCUUUCGGGAGAGAUCCCGGAGUUGAUAAUUCAACUGCAAAACUUGGAGAUUCUCCAUCUUUUCUCCAACAACUUUUCCGGGAAGAUUCCGGGUGCUUUAACCUCUUUGCGUCGGCUUCAAGUCCUCCAGCUUUGGUCAAACAAAUUUUCCGGCAGCAUCCCCGAAGAGCUUGGAAGAUGGAACAAUCUCACUGUACUUGACCUUUCCACCAAUGCUCUGACCGGAAAAAUUCCCAAAAGCUUAUGCAACUCCGGUCGGCUUUUUAAGCUCAUCCUCUUCUCUAAUUCUCUCCAAGGUGAAAUUCCCAAGAGUUUGAGUUCUUGCAAAAGCUUACAGCGAGUACGUAUCCAAAACAACCGUCUCUCCGGUGAAUUAUCGUCGGAAUUCACGAAACUGCCGCUCAUAUACUUCUUGGAUAUCUCAGGCAACGAUCUUUCCGGCAGGAUCGACGGGCGGAGGUGGGACAUGCCCGCUCUGGAAAUGCUGAAUUUAGCGAAAAACAAUUUUUCCGGGGACUUGCCGGGCUCUUUCGGCACUGACAAGCUUCUGAACUUGGACUUGUCGGAAAAUCAGCUUUCCGGUAAGAUUCCCCGGAGCUUUGGAAGAUUAUCGGAGCUGGUGGAAUUAGAGCUAAGCCAAAACGAACUCUCUGGUAAUAUUCCAGAAGAAUUGUCAUCAUGCAAGAAGCUUGUUCGUUUGGACCUCAGCAACAAUCAGCUCAGCGGCGAAAUUCCGAUCAGUCUCGCCGAACUGCCGGCUCUCGGCCUUCUCGAUUUGUCGGCAAACCAAUUAUCCGGAGAAAUUCCACCAAAUUUAGGAGUGGAAUCCCUUGUACAAGUGAAUAUUUCUCACAAUCACUUCCACGGAAGCUUACCGUCCACCGGAGCAUUUCUUGCUAUAAACGCCAGCGCGGUUGCCGGCAACGAUCUUUGCGGCGGCGAUACUGCAAGCGGAUUACCGCCAUGCAAAAGCGUAAAAAAUCCCAUGUGGUGGUAUGUUCUCACUUGCUUUCUGGUUGUUUUAGCCAUGUUUGCUUUCGCAGCAAUUGCUAUGGUUUUCCUUCGGCGGCGAAAGGAUUUGGAGCUGAAAAGAGUGGAAAACGAAGAUGGGAUCUGGGAAAUACAAUUCUUUGAUUCAAACGUUUCAAGAUCCAUUACAAUUGACGAUAUUUUAUUGUCGACCAGAGAAGAAAAUGUCAUCACGAGAGGGAGGAAAUUAGGCAUGCAGUUGGUCGUGAAGGAAAUCAUAAAUGAUGUCAAUUUAAACUCCCCGAGCUUUUGGUCUGUUAUUGCCAAAUUGGGAAAGGUUCAGCAUCCGAACAUUGUUCGGUUGGUCGGAAUAUGCGUAUCGGAAAAGGCAGCUGGGUUUUUGGUUUACGAGCAUGUGGAAGGGAAAGUUUUGAGUCAAAUUCUGAAGAAUUUGAGUUGGGAGAGGCGAAGCAAAAUCGCGAUUGGGAUUGCGAAAGCGCUACAGUUUUUGCAUGGCUACUGUUCGCCGAGUAUUCUGGUGGGUGAGUUGUCGCCGGACAAAGUUGUGGUUGACGGGACAGAUGAGCCUCGCCUGAGUUUGGGCCUUCCUGGGUUGACUUGUACGGACACCAAAUGCUUCAUUUCUUCGGCCUACGUUGCCCCAGAAAGCAGAGAAAGCAAAGACAUGACAGAGGACAGCGAUAUGUAUGGAUUCGGUGUCGUCUUGAUUGAAUUACUGACUGGAAAAAGCCCCGCCGACAUGGAAUUUGGCGUGCACGAGAACAUUGUGGAGUGGUCCCGGCACUGCUAUUCCGAGUGCCACCUGGAUGCGUGGAUUGAUACGACGAUUAGAGGACAUGCAGGGAAUGAUAAUAAGCAUCGGAAGGAGAUGGUCCAGACCAUGAACCUGGCCCUACACUGCACCGCAGCGGACCCCACCGCUAGGCCGUCCGCCAGCCACGUUUUCAAAACCCUAGACUCUUAUAUGAGCCCUACUUCUUGUGUUUCCAUCCUUCAUUUUUCUUAAACUAGCUAGUUAGAUU